GCAUUUCGCGGAUCAGUGGCACAGUGUAGGCGACGCAUUCGUCCCAGCCGGGCGAUCGCCAGGCCGAUUCGCGCGUUUCCUUUCGUCCCUGCAAAUCCUUGUAGCCUGUGGAAAUAGGGUGUGACAAAAAAAAUGUGUAUCAGUUGUGUGAGAGUUUUGUGAGUGCAAGGAAAAACAAAACAUCGGUACGAAUACAUUAUUUCUGGUCACUCUGAACACAAAUCUGAUGUAAACAAACGGUGUUGUAACUCAGCUGGGCUCUAGUGUGCUGCGGACCGAAACACGCAAAUUACGCUCCCGCAAGGUUCACGCACUGGAAAACGGCGUUCGGUAGGCGGAAAACCAUGGCCACCCUUUUACCGAAGCCCGUCGAUCCGGAGGAGGCGGCGGCCAAGCAGAACAGCGCCACCAAAACGGAGGGCAUAUUUUUCCCCGGCUCCGAUCUGGACGAGGUGGCCAAACAUUUCAUCGGUAACACUCACCGCUAUCGGGAAAACAUCAUCAUACCGAAAAUGUACGGCGUGGUGCAGAUAAAAACCAACGAGGAAAAGCUGGUGGAAGCCGCCUUCGAGAGCUGUGCGUUCAAAUCGUUCAUGAGCUGCGUGCUCGGGUACGGGUUGGGCGCGGCCAUCGGGCUGUUCAGCUCGUCCGUCAAUCCGAGCAUUGCCGAUCCGAUGGCGGGCGAUAAGCAGCAGACGGCGAGGGAAAUUUUCCGCGAAAUGCGGGCAGCGACGCACUCGUACGGCAAAAACUUUGCCGUCAUCGGGGCCGUGUUUGCGGCGGUCGAGUGCGCCAUCGAGUCGAAACGUGGCGUUUCCGACUGGAAGAAUGGUACCUACGCCGGAGCGGUGACGGGAGGAUUGAUUGGCCUAAGAGCGGGAGUCAAGGCUGGAAUUAUUGGAGCAGCGGGUUUCGCUGCGUUCUCCACGGUCAUAGAUUACUACAUGCGACACAGAUAAAUGCAUACCAAGCAGUGCAAAAAGCAAAUAUUUUUAAAAUGUUGUAGACUUUCAGGCAUAAUAGGCAUUACGGAAAACCGAAUAAAAUAGAUCCCUAUCGCUAGCCCGAA